AAAGAAGACAGAACGACGCAGUGCACCUGUACAUGAAUGAGCUGAGCGCACGAGUAGUCGCUGAGACGAGAAUACCUUCUGACCGCCACCACCUUGGGAAACUCAUACUGCGCGGGCUCAAAGAUGCCCCGGAUUUCGUAUUACAAAUUGAUGCUGCCACUGGAGAAUCUGAAACAUGCGGGUCUGUGCUGAAAAGAAGCGUGCAGUGUGCGAAUGCGCUACGGAAGUUGGGGUUGCACCGCGGUGAUAUCAUAGUGCUUAUGGCCCCUAACCACAUCGACUUAUGCGUACCAUAUUACGCUGCACUCUAUCUUGGGAUAGUUGUUGCACCAAUCGACAGGACUCUGACUGUCAAGGAGCUCCAAGAUACAUUUGCUGUUGAUAAACCGAAACUGGUAUUUUGCCAAAGUGAGAGAGCUGCGGACGUUGUUGCAGCCAUCGACAACCUAAAAUUGGACACUCAAAUCAUUACUUUUGGUGAUGACUCUCAUGGUGAAAAUUUUUGCAGUUUCAAUGAAUUAUUGUUGAAACAUUCGGAGAAAGAUUGCGAUGUUAAUAAGUUUAGAGCCACAGAUUUCGAUCCUGAGGAAACCUUGGCCUUUCUUAUUGCUACAAGUGGAACAUUGGGGCUUCCUAAACAAAUCGCUAUUUCUCAUAGGUGCAUAGCGAUUACUGGACCUUAUUCAUGGAUCAGAUUUACCAAGUUCCCAACACCAACGCGUUUGACUAUGGUAGUUUCGUCACUCCAAUGGAUUUCGGCAAUAUGGCAUUUCAAUUUUGCGCCAAUCAUUAGAUAUUCUCGACUUCAGUCGUCUGCGAACAUCACUCAAGAACACGUCUACGAAAUGAUCAAUAAAUAUAAGCCGACUUUAAUGCUUUUGAGUCCCACAUUGAUGACGACCCUCAUUAGGCCUGGAGAUAGAGAGAAGUGUGAUUUUUCUUCCUUCGAGGAGAUUGGCCUUGGUGGCAGUCCGGCGUCUAUUCAACUCCUUAAUGAAAUCAAAAAAUUAGCUCCAAAUGCUCAAGCUUUUAAUGGCUACGGAAUGACUGAAAUUGCGAGCUUUGCUUUUUGCCCUACUUCAAAUACACUUCGCUCAUGUGGUACACCAUUUGGACAUUUUCAGUACAGGCUGGUUAAUCCAGAAACUUUAGAAGACAUCGUGGAUCCGAAUGUUAAGGGCGAGCUAUGGAUUGCGGGACACGCUCUUGGGAAGGGGUACUAUGGCAAUCCAACAGCUACCAAGGAAGCUUUUACAGACGAUGGCUGGUACAAAACUGGCGAUAUUUUGUACAGGGAUGAACAUUAUAAUUUUUUCUUUGCGGAGAGAUUGAAAUUGUUACUAAAGUAUAAAAGUCAUCAAGUCUCACCAACUGAGGUGGAAAAUGUCAUACGCCAGAAUCCAGGUGUAUCGGACGUUACAGUAACGGGUAUUCCGGAUCCGGAAUGUGGGGACUUAAUUGUCGCCUGUGUCGUACGGAAACCAGGUUAUGAGGUUACUGCGCAGGAGAUCAAAGACCUGGUGAAAAGUAACUUAACAGAAACAAAGCACCUAAGCGGUGGUGUCGUAUUUCUGCAGGAGUUGCCACUAACUGCAACUGGAAAAAUCCACCGACAAGCAAUCAAGAAAUUGGUGCUAGAAUUAGAUCGAGAAUAAAGCAUUCAAUGACUUCGUAUGGAAAGAACGAUGACAAUUAUGAUGAAUGAUACACGGUCACUGGUCAAUGGGACCUGUAAAGGGCCAGAAACGCUAGUUUAUUUAAAAAAACAAAUAUACGCGAAUUGGGUCUUAAAAAAUAGUUUAAUUUCCUUUAUGUAACUAUCUCGAAAACCUUAGAAUUCGAUAUAUUAUAUAUGAUAGGUAAUCCAAAUAAUAAUAACAAAAUAAAAC